GAGAGGCAUCCUACCUGAUGGAGAGCACAGCAGUGUCCUAGACCAGCAUCUUGAAAUUAAGAAACAAAAACACCUGUGAAAGAAUCUGAGGAUUGCCUUUUGUGGUGGUUAUAUAUCUACAUCGAAAGUAUUAGUAACUGCCUUAAAAGUCUAAGAAGAACCAUGGAGGACAGAAGCAGCUGCAACAAUGACCGGGAGCGCUUGGGAAUACGCUUCACCAUAGACUACCUGCUGUACAACAAGGACAGUAAGUGUAUGAGAGAAGAGCAAAAUAUUCCCGCAGUGGAGCAGACCCCUCAUAGCCUACUGGAGGGCCAGAGUCCUGACAUCCUCUCAGUGAGGAAAAUUAUCAAACCUGGGAGCCCUGAGAAGGGGCCAGAGGGAGAAGAGGGGUCAGAGGAGGAGAAUGAAGAGGAGGAGGAGGAGAUCAAAGGGGGGAAAGAUGAAGAGGAAACCACUACAGACAGCCCACAGGACAAGCCUUCUCAGUCCUACAUCUCCCUUAUCUCCAUGGCCAUACUUGCUUCAGAGGAGAAGAAGCUCUUGCUGUGUGACAUCUACCAGUGGAUCAUGGAUAACUACCCCUACUUCAAGAGCAAGGAUAAGAACUGGAGGAACAGCGUCAGACACAACCUGUCCCUGAACGAGUGCUUUGUGAAGGCUGGUCGGAGUGACAAUGGUAAAGGCCAUUUCUGGGCCAUCCACCCUACUAACUUCCAGGACUUCUCCAAUGGAAACUACCAUCGCCGCCGGGUUCGCCGCCGGAUCCGCAGAGUAACAGGACAGCUCCCCUACGCCCUGCACACACCCUAUUACCCCCUCCAUAGGCCCAGGGGGGUGUGGUGCUGGUGCUGUCCCCCAGCCCACCCUCUCUCCGCAGCCCACCCUCUGUCCUACGUCUCAGCCAGGAUCUAUUGGAGCUGGGCCAGCCUGCAGACCAGACGACACCCAUCCACGCUUCGGUUCAAUAGCACCACAUAGAAUUGGAUGCAUGUUGGAUGUUGGUCUGUUCUUUAUAUGACAGGUGGCUGAGAGAGAUGUAUUGAGUAUGAUUGUGAAAUCUGU